CUCACCCGUUGUUUCUCCGCGUUCGUGCGCGGAACGUAAUGGCUGUGUGUGUGGCGUAGCGCUGUAUCUGUAAAUAUCCGAAGGACAUCCUGAAAAGUCGCGUAAGCUAGCCUUACCACUUCGAAGAGUAGUAGGUGUCCUUAUAAUGAAAACCCGUGAUAGCGCGUCGGGCGACAUGGAAGAGUGCCACCGAAUCAGCGCCUUGGAAGAUUGCGAAGUGUUGUUGAACGAUUUGGCGGAUACAUCCGACCUUCCGACGUCGCUCAUAAUCACAAACGUCGACGUUAGCAUCUUCACGGACCCGGAACAAAAGGCCAAGUUUGAGGAGAUGUUCGAGUGCAUCGAGCCCGGUGCUAGUUUCUCGUACUUCCGCAGUUUCCACCGAGCGAGAGUCAACUUUGAGAGCCCAGACUCUGCAGCACUGGCACGCAUUCGCUGCCAUCAGAUGCAGUUUGGCGAAAGCAUUCUCAACUGCUACUUCGCUCAGACAGCGUCACCGGAUGAGGGCGACGACGGCCAUUUACAACUCCCGCCUCCUCAUCGGCAGUUCCUCAUUUCGCCGCCUGCAUCACCACCUGUAGGCUGGGAACCCGUUGAGGAACAGCAGCCAUGCAUCAACUAUGACAUCAUUACAGCUCUGACCAACCUUGCACCAGGUGAGCCGCACGAGCUCCACCCGGCUUCAGAAACCCAGCCAGGCAUCAUGGUGCAUGUCUGCGAGGAGGUGGCCUCCUCAGAGCCCAAACGGGAGAAGCCCACUUUCAUCCACACGCCCCGUCCCGAUAGGCCGUGCGAUGAAUCAUCAUAGGGCUGCAACCAUCCUGCUCCUUGUAACCCCAGCUGGGGCAACACCAGUUCCCCCUUGAGAUUUGUGGCGGUCGUCGUGCCUGGUGAAAGCUACAAUGUGUGCAAUGUCCGGGUGCCUGCCUUUGUGGGGCUGUGCUCAUGACCUGGCAUCACUUCCGAGGCAUCGUUGUUGGGGCUCACAUCUCACCCAAACCAGCGAUCCUCAAACAGCUCUCUCUGCUAUGGAAAUCUGCGAAGGCAUUUUGCUAUGAUAGGAAAAGCCAUUAUUCUUAAUGCCUCCUACUUUCAUGUCCAAGUGAAACAGUCAGAUGGGGCCAUGCGCAUCCAAAAAGUAACUGUACCAUUCUCUUACGCAACCCCAUGUACGUUGCCUUAAAUCUUCUUCAAAAUGAAUUGGGAAACGACUACAAAAACAUUAAUUCCAGAUAUUGUCGUAUGCAUGUGGAACUGUGAGGAAAUGGUUUAAUCGUAUCCUUGCCGUCGGGCAUUCGCGAAAAUUGGGACUAAUAUUAUCUUGACUGUUAUGUCAUCACAGACAACAAAAAAUGCCCAUGAAGUGCGUUUCGAAUGCCACGAGUUAACAUGAAAAUCUUGAAUGUACAGUCAACAUGCCAACCUAGCAUCCAAUGUCACAUCUUCGCUGUUCUAGGGCACUGAAAAAAUGACUUUUAGGUAAAGAAACAUGAGAAAAUGAUUAGUGUGUCCAUGUACACAUGGAGGGGCUGCCUUCAGCAUCUAACCAUGGUAUAUUCUAGUGCUCUUUCUUUUUCUUUCUCCCCCCCCCCCCCCCACUUCUAACAUACUUAAUGGCAUAAGAAUAGAGAUGAAAAGCAAUCGUGUCUGAGCUGUCUUCAGGUCUCACAAGGAUACCGGGUGUGCAAGGUAUUUGAGGACAUAAUGAUGACUGCAAAUUAUCAGUGAUAUUUCAGUAAAAAUCUAAAUAUUUGUUCUCAAACCUUUACAUUGCUUCUGUCACUGCUGCUACCUAGGUCUGUCGAAUAAAACUGUCGUCAGCUUGAAUUACUGAGUGAGUUCAGCUACAAUAAUGGCUGCGUGCUCAGAUGAAAUAGUGCUGUUGAUGUUCGGCAGUGCUUCCGCAAUAACAGCUUAUAGCAUGUUUUAAGCAUUGUGUGGUUGUUUGCUAGUCUCCAUCCCAAUAACACUGCCCUUACAGCAGCGUAGCUAGCUUAUAUAGGGAACUAGGUCGCUGUAUUUAGGGUAGCGGUGCCACAGAUGUUCACAGCCAGCCACACUUGGGUCGGGCAGGCCUUGCGGGAGCAAGCAAAUUUAUUUCUUAGGAGUGGCACUUAAUGAAGUCAUGCGCAAGGAGCUUGGCGGCUGAAUCUGCCCCUUGAUGCUUCUUCACAAUGGCCAUAAUUGGUCUUUCAGGGUUGACAUUCACGAUGGCCACCACCUGCUGUUGAAACUCAAUCGCCAAUGGUGCCUGACCACAGGCGGGGAUUAUUCCUUUGUCACAGGUGUAAACUAGCUGUCAGCUUUUCUCUUACCCUAAAAGCAAAAGAUUUUGAAACUUUCAAGACGUUGGCAAUCUCAAAAUUGCUGUAGUCUGCACAUUAGGCGACUAGGGCAGUGUUUCUGUGUCAGACUGGAAGCUGACACCCUAGUACCCUAGUGCUACGUAGGUGACAGAGAGGUUGGUGAAGAGAAAGCUAGGCACCUAGACAGAUAGAACAAGGAUGUUACCAUCUGUGGCAUUCAGAAGCCAUGUUUUCAAAUACCUCAUGCACCCAGUAUGUGAAUCGCACCUUUCUUGGGACUGUUUGGAAAUCUGCUUUGUGCUACAACAGCAGGAUGCUCCAAUAACCAAGUUCAGACAUGCAAGCUUUUCCAGGUUAAUAUGUUACACAUGUGAUUAAGAAAAGCCAAACUUGCAAUCGUGUUAGUUGUGACAACUUAUCUUGCUGUCAUAAUGCACUGUUCCUGCCAGUUAGGUCUUGCACUCGACUUUGCAGGCUCACAAAAGACCUCCAGGUGCAUUUAUUGUGGAGAACCAUUGUUCACAAUGAACAAAACCCUUUGAGCAAACGUCCUGUCAGGACUGUUUUCACGACUUCACAGCAUGGAUAAAAGCAUUUCAGCAUUAACAAACACCUGUUUCUGCAGUGAGGCAUGAUAGUGAAUGUUGCAAAAGUGAAAGUAUAGUUAAAAGUCAUAUGUUGAGAACAGAAACCAUUGUUGAUGUGUUAAUUAAUGAACGGUGGUGAACGGCUCCAUUACGUAUGGAGUAAGAAAUCAUGGCUUACUGUACUGGUAACAGAUUGAUCUGUUGAAGAGAUUAUUGAUUUCCUUCAAUUCUGACCUUAUCAUCUGUGCCGAGUGGUCAUUGUAUGACUGUGGUGUGAUAAGAAUGGAUAAAAAGAAAUACUUGUUACAAAAGCUCGAUCUAUAUUGUUUUUGUUGAUACUGAAGGCGUAGCAUGCCAGUAGUAGAUGUAAAAGCAAAAUACAAGCAGCAAAGCCACUUUAAUGUUCUCACACAAGCUGUCAUUGUCAGCCCGCCCAAGGCUAGGUACUUGCUUAAUAAUGAAGAAGCACCAUAUAGCAUUUGAAAUGGAAUUUCAAAGUAAAGCAUUCAAAAGUCCUGUCCUACAGAAGAAUGACCUAACACAUUAAAAAUACUGUGAAUCUCGUAGUGCCAUGCAAUCUACACUGCAAUUUUGGUGCAGAACCCAAGCAUGGACAUUUGAACUUCGUUUUCACUUCUUAAUAAGCCACCCACAUUUGUCAAGCAAAUGGCAAGGGAGUUUCAGAAGAGUAAUUGGCCAAUCUGGCCUGUAACAGAGUCUUUGUUUAGUGUCUGCUUGUUUGUUUACCUUUUAGGUCAGGUAGAGAACCCUGUUACCUAGCAGUAUUGAUGCCAGCAGCUCAAAAUGGGGAUGUUAUAAGUAGCAUUCACAUCUAGUUGAGUUAGCUAACUGUAGAGUACUAGCUAAUUCUUCAUUUUAGUUUGAUCAUUCAACUAGUUGCUAGUGGUGUGUUGAUGCUGUGUCAUGGUCUGCAAGUUCAGUGGCAACCGCAACAAUAUUUAACUUUUGCUAAGUUGGUAAUAAACGACUAGCAUAUACUGCUGCAACAGUCUUGGCAAAGCUGCAGGGCUGGUAACUCAUUUUCUUAAUAGCAGCCUUUAAAUCAUAAUUAAGCAGACAAUGCACACACCUGGUGGUUAGUGGAUAUGACACAAGUCCCAGCACAUUUUAUCCGAGAGUUUUCAGUGCGCUAUGGGCAGUGAGCGGUAAUGGUCCUUCUUUUUCUUUCUUUCUUUUUAUUUAUAGUUUUGGUUUUAAAAACAACUUUUGAUAGCCUUUCUUGAUUCAUCCACUCAUACUUAAAGAAAAAUUUUGCACAGAGGCUGCUCUAUAUCUACGCUAUCUGGAACUAGGCUUCUUGCUCAGCUGAAAAUUUUGUUGCAGUUGGCUGUGAACAUUUAUUCGCAACCAGAGUUCUUGUUUUCUUGAGUAGCCUAGCACUCAAGAAAACUUGCCUGCGACGCUUACCGUGCUCUUAUGACAUGUGCGCUAGUCCUGUGCAGUCCACUGCGUUUGUUGGUUUAUGCUGCUAGCUGGCUCUCCAUCUGCCUGCCUCAUAUUUUUCUUACAUUGCUCCGCAGCGCACGUUGCAAGAAGUCUAUGAAAAUGGCAUGCCAUCCGUCAAACUUGUAGUAGCAACCUUGCCUUUGUUGGAGCAUUUGCCAGCGCCUGCUGCUGAGCAUAAGAGCCUCAGUAAUUGCUUCUGCUAUGGCAUUUCGGACACUAGUAAACUGGCAAUUUAGUGUAAGGGCAAGCUUCUUUUGCCAUUUCCUGUGUUAUGGCUGCAUCUAUUUGUGGACAGCCCUGAAAACAGCCUUGCUUGAUUUUCAUACCUGUUAUAGUUCACUGCCAAAACAUUCUGUUUGGUAUCUGGUGCAGAACGUGCAAUUAGUGAACAGCAAUGAUGGUAUGCUUUAAAUUGCUAUGGUCACUUGAUGAAACCUGCUUGUUGCAACCUUAACAGGGAUGUAAAUGUCGUAGUCAGCAUACGGACAAUGUUGUCGGCAAACCUUGCAAAUACAGUGGUUUGCUGGACCUGCCAGUUCCUCUUAGUCGCCAGCCAUACAAGGACUUGGCACAAAUCAGAAGAACCCCAUAACUGGCAAGUCUCUUGUAAUGAAAUCUCAGCAUCUAGAAUGUUGCCGCCAUGUUGUUGUUGGUUUGGGUUUGUUGUGUGCUGCACCAGCAUUUGUGAAAUCUUUUUCUUGUAUGCAAUACAUGGUCUUAGUAAACUCACGCUUUUUCUGCCGCAAAAUGUCUGCUAACCGCCAAGCUGGCUGAACGAAGCUGUGAUGAUAUUGUAGUCGAUUCCUCACUUACAAAACAAAUGCAAAGAAUGCAUGGGCACCACCACAGUCAAAGAAGUUCAGUUUUAAUUGUCCAGUUGGCUUGCAUCCUGAAACCCAACUCCUCAAAUUUUACUCAACAGGCUUCGCUGGUUAGGAUUGCCUUUUGGGAUGUGAAACAGCUGGACUCAUUAACUUUUUUUUACUGUGAUCUAGUACUUUGCGCUCGAGAUUGAGUUCAGCUGUGAUAAUUGCUGCAAUUGCAAGGUUUGGCACUGCUCACUUUUUAAGUUCUUGUUAACUGAACACACAAUUAGCCAGUCAGUGUCUUUCGUUAUGGGUUCUGACGAGUCGCUUUGCACGUUGCAGCAGUGGCAUGUUGUUUCAAACAACAGUGCAAUAUAUGAGAGAGCCCAUGAGCAAGCUGCAUAUUUAUGAUAUGGUUACAAUGUAGCCUAAUAUUUUUCGCGUGUUUGUGUUGCGAGUAGUGUAUUGUGCAUGAUGCUUCCAAAUGUAACUGUAUAUGUGGGAGAGAAGGCUCCCUGAAGUAGGAGUCAAAGUGUUGUGGGUGAAGCGAGCUGAUGUUCUUGUAUGAGAGUUAGAAAGGGCACUGUGAAAAAUAUUAAGUUAGCCUAUUACAUAUUAUUAUAUUACAGUGUCAGUGUAACUGCGAGUGCUGGCUUGGCGAGCCAGAAAGUAUGCAAAGUAAAACAAGAAGAGCCAACGCCACCUUGAAGCUCUCAUACCAGCUCACGAUGACAUGGUGGAGUCUGGCUGAUGCUGAUUGGUUGUUGAUUGACAGAAGGGUGUUAUAUCGCAUCUGAAAAUGAACAAAAACUCAAGCUGGCAAGUUUUCUGGAUCUUUCCUACAAGAAAAUUAACCCAAAUAGGGAAACACUAUGAAAUUGGUGACAGCGUAUUAACGUCAUCGGUGGUAUAGCUUGUGGUUAUUUUCUCCACCAUUAAGUAAGCUUUCCAAAUUUGGAAAAAAAAAAUUCAGAGUGUGCUUUGAAAGAGCAGUGACUUAUUUAAUAAUCCUCUUUAGUGCCCCUUUAUAAUAUGAAUGGUACUUUUGACUGGUCAUAUUCAAACACUCUAGAGCGAUCUGGGGGUACAUUUGGCUGUUUGAAAGGAAGCGCUUGGAAUGGCACCGGUAUAGUAGCUCCGCCCCAGCGUGCACCACGAUCACGAAAGAGAAGAAAGAAACUGGCACAAGUAUAGUCUGCCGUACGCAUUGAUAAAAGGCAAGGAAGAAAUGUUCAUCAGUCUUAACAAACUUGUUUGGUCCAUUCACAGCACCACUUAAAAGCUCAGACCGCUCGGAAGCGCUCUCACAUUCAACCUGAGAGUGUGUAAGCUGUCUGACAAAAUUAAUACGAUCAUAUGACUCCUGUGAUUGAGCUCCAGCUCCACAUCACUGCAAAUUGAGUUGCAACCAGUCAGAUGUACCAUAACCUGCAGCAGCUCUUUCUUUGACUAUGCCACAGUAUUUGAGUAAGCUCGGGUAGGUUGCUUGCUUUUGGUCUAUGUUCCAAGGCCCUAGCCGGUUGCUAAAUGCUUAGAGGGCGCAUUGUGUUUCGUGUAGUGUGUUGCGCUCAGACACUUUGACUUGGCAUACUUAGCUGUCUAAAAGCAACACAGGCUGCCUAUGUAUAAAAUGAACUUUUAUUCAAACUGUUGUAUAUUCUUUAUGUGUAUUUAUUGGUCUAGCUGUUGAAUGAUUUAUUGUUGCGCUGACACCUGCUUUUUUGUUUCAUACGUUUUUUGCUGCAAGACAUGUUUACUGUUUUUUUUUUUUUCUUUUUCACCUUGUUAUGGCUUCGAUAAAGCUUAUUAUACGGUUA